GGGGGGAUUAAUAUUAUAUAUUAUGUAAUGCAUAAAAACUACCAGCCUCUGGCUGUUAGCCAUUCAGAUAGUGUCUUUGCCAUUUAUUUUUCAGAUAUUUUUUUUAAUCCUAAUCGAAGGUCCAGACAAGCAAUUGGAAGUCAGUUUAUAUUGCUCACAAACAUCUGUCAGCCUCAAUAUAGGUGACAGAUGAAGUUUCUUGAGAGAACAACUUGUAAAAAUGGCUUUAAUUUGCUUUAUUAAUACUAAACACCAUCGAAAUUCCAUUCCAUCUCUCUAUGUAACUUUUACAAGUUUAAUUCUGACUAUAGUAUGUAAUUUACACGAACCCAAGUUUAUUGAUUUUUAAGUAAAAAUAGCCUAUAUGAAUAAAUUGUCUCAAAGUUAAAACCUGCAGUGAGAUUAUUGAAGUUUUUUAUGACCAUUUUUAAAUUGACUUAAUUUGAAGAAAAUUGAGUUGAAAAAUAUUAUAUAUAUAUAUAUAUAUAUAUAUAUAUAUAUGUGUGUGUGUGUGUGUGUGUGUAAUAUAUAUUCUAAGUUUAAUGUCAGGAUAUUGAUUUUUCUCUGAAUAACUUAUUCUAACUUAUUGACUUGAGGACAGUAGACUAUGACAUUAUCUAUCUAUCUAUCUAUCUAUCUAUCUAUCUAUCUAUCUAUCUAUCUAUCUAUCUAUGUACUCAAUGUAGUUUAACUUAAUUUUAUUCUCUAAACUGUCCUCUGGUCCAUCUACAGGUUCACAGGGCGGGUUGGUUUACAGUGCCCAGACAAAGGCAAAGCUGUUGAUUGGUUACCAGUCAGUCCAUUCACAUGCAAAUCAGUCCUCAUAAAUGUCCCCCUUCAAUCGCCCACUUUGCACAAUAUAUGUAGUGCUUGUUAGCACAGACUUUUGUCUCGAACUGAACCCGCCGACCAUCUGCCCCUCAUUCAGGCGUCCUCUCAGCGGUCUCUAUACUGCAGCAAUAUGGCCCCUGCGUCCCGCAGCAACAGACACGAGGAGGACCAUUUCGGAAUAAAAGACAGAAAGACGAGGAAGCCGCUGGUGGAGAAAAAGAGACGCGCCCGCAUCAAUGAAAGUUUACAGGAGCUGAGGCUACUGCUAGCCGACCCGGAUGCGCAGGUAAAAAUGGAGAACGCCGAGGUGUUGGAAAUGACCGUGAAGCGCGUGGAAAGUAUCCUGCAAAACAAAGCGAAGGAAGCUGACAGCGUGAACCGCGAAGCUAACGAGCGGUUCGCCGCGGGAUACAUCCAGUGCAUGCAUGAGGUGCACACCUUCGUGUCCAGCUGUCCGGGAAUCGACGCGACCAUCGCCGCCGACCUGCUCAACCACCUCCUGGAGUGCAUGCCUCUGAACGACGAGGAUCGCUUUCAGGACAUCCUGUCAGAUCUCCUGUCGGACUCUAGUAACUGUGGCACUUGGCCUGGCGAGGCGACGUACGCCGCGUUGUCGCCCGGAGACAGGAGCGUGGUCAGCAGCGGCUCCUCAGUCUUGUCCCCGGCCCCCUCCACCACCUCCAGCGAUGACCUUUGCUCUGACCUGGAUGACACGGACACGGAGCACAGCCGAGUCUCGGUGGACGCCAGGGAACAAGCGCCAAGCGUGCCAACCGUGUAUCUCUCCAAGUCCAUGUGGAGACCUUGGUAGACAGAUGCUUCUGGAGAUCCCAGCUGAUUCAUGAACAGUACAGUUUUUAGUUUAGAGCUAUAUAAACAUGCAAUAGUCCAGGAGCACCUGUAUGAUAGACCAUGGACAGUUCUACAUAGGAAUAGGGUUUGACCUUGGAUCACAAAACAAAAAUACAUCAUCUGAAAGCUAUUAAGGACAAUAUUUGGCUGAGAUACAACUGUUUGAAAAUCUGGAAUCUGAGGGUGCAAAAAAAUCAAAAUAUUGAGAUAAUCGCCUUUCAAGUUGUCCAAAUGAAGUUCUUAGCAAUGCAUAUUACUGAUCACAAAUUGAGUUUUGAUAUGUUUAAAGUUGGAAAUGUACAAAAUAUCUUCAUGGAACAUGAUCUUUACUUAAUAUCCUAAUGAUUUUUGGCAUAAAAGAAAAAUCGAUCAUUUUGACCCAUACAAUGUAUUGUUGGCUAUUUCUACAAAUAUACCCGUGCUACUUAUGACUGGUUUUGUGGUCCAGGGUCACAUUUGUCAUCGACCUGUGGAUACCCCUCAGAAGCUCUUUUUGGUGCAACAAUGUGCAUUUCAGUCCAGUUCCACACAGAAGUUCGUAUUUUUAUUUAAUUGUUUUUGUAUAAGCUAAGUUAAAACAACACUGUAAGGAUAAAUAAUAUUUCUAGGGAGUGUUUUCCCAUCUCUAAUUAUUGUAGUUAUAGGGUGUACAUAUUUCAAUGUCGUGGCUGUAGAUAUAGAUUUCUGACAUUUAAAAAAAAAAGAAAGAAAAAAAAAAGAUGUAUGUUAUUAUGAUGAAAUAAUUUUGAAGUAAAUGUCAGAUGUACUGACAUUAAAUGUGUUUUA